GUUUACUCUGGCAGCCUGAUCAAGCCGGUGGAUGUGUUUCAGAGUUGAAAAGGAUGGCUGAGAUGAGGAUCCAACUUGGAAUUUUGUUUUUGUUGCUCCAGUGGAUGGGCCAUUCUGAUGCUUGGUUCUGGUCUUGGACUGAUACCACAACUUUGGCCCCAACAGUGGACCAUGAGGGGUCUGGCAGUCCAGCAGGUAGUGGAGACCAGCAGUCAGAUAACAUUGCAGCAGUUGGAGCGGAGAUUAUUGAUGUGGCAAAUGGGAUCCAAAAGUUUGUACAGACUUGGGAUCAGACUACAGCGGCACCUCGACUGACCUCUGUAAAGCCCAUGCCACAAGUGGAGAAUGACCGUGCACUACGAAAGGGCACGUCAAGGAUUUCAUCACACGCAGAUGAGAGUGGAGUCUCCCUGCUGCAGCUGAUUGGGGAUCCCCCACCAGCCGAGAUCUCCCAGGUUUUUGGGCCCGACAACACCCCUGGCUAUGUCUUUGGCCCCGAUGCCAACACGGGCCAGUUGGCACACGCCCAUCUGCCCAGGUCAUUCUACCGGGACUUCUCGCUGGUCUUCAACGUGAAGCCCACCUCAGACAGGGGCGGUGUCAUCUUCUCUGUCACGGACGCCUCGCAGAAGAUUAUGUAUGUGGGUGUUAAACUGUCUGCCGUGAAAGGCGGCAAGCAGAACAUCAUCUUGUACUACACAGAGCCUGACUCACAGGACUCGUACGAGGCGGCCAGGUUCCUUGUGCCUUCACUGAGGGACAUUUGGACCCGUUUCGCGAUUGCCGUGCAGGACGACAGGGUGACCCUCUACCUCAACUGUGACACGGACCCUCAAGUGAAGCGCUUCGAGAGGUCCCCGGAUGAGAUGGAGCUGGAGAUCGGUGCUGGAGUCUUUGUCGGGCAAGCUGGAGGGGCAGAUCCUGAUAAGUUCCUGGGGGUGAUCAGUGAACUGAAGGUAGUGGGAGACCCUCGUGCUGCGGAGAGGCACUGCGAAGAGGAUGAAGAUGAUUCGGAUGUGGGGGCGUCAGGGGAAGGAAGUGGCUACGAGGGGACCAGAUUCCACAAACCAGGCCCUGACAGAGUCAAGUGGACGACUACUCCUCCAUCCUCCCGACCUAUUCAGCAGCCACCAGUGACCACGAAACAAGAGCUGUCUGUAGAGAGAGGCUCAGGGCCAAUGGGGGCUAAAGGAGAAAAGGGUGACCGAGGGGACAGAGGAGAGAAAGGAGAUCGGGGUCCUAUUGGGCCGAAGGGAGAAUCAGGCUCUGGCUCCAGCUCACGCGGGGGAGCCCGUGGAGAGAAGGGAGAGCCAGGAGAAAAAGGAGUGAAGGGCAGCGCAGGGUUUGGCUACCCAGGAAAGAAGGGAGACACCGGCCCCCCAGGGCCCCCUGGCCCUCCUGGCCCUCCAGGUCCAACAGCUGAGCUGCUGGAGCACAGUGAUGGCUCAGUGGUCCAGAGGGUAACUGGAUCCCAAGGACCAGCUGGACCACCUGGCGCCCCAGGGCCUCAAGGACCACCAGGAGCUGACGGAGAGCCUGGUGAUCCUGGUGAAGAUGGAAGUGCAGGUGCUGUUGGACCACCAGGUUUCCCAGGAACACCAGGUGACCCUGGACCUAAAGGAGAGAAAGGAGAGCAUGGAGAGGGUCAUCCUGGCCCCAGGGGACCCCCAGGUCCUCCUGGACCUCCAGGACCAGGAUCCAGAUCUACUUUUGUGGACAUGGAAGGCUCAGGGUUCCCUGACCUGGAAUCUGUUCGGGGCAUGCCUGGCUUACCUGGGCCACCAGGUCUUCCUGGUCCCCCUGGUCCUCCUGGACCCUCUACAGCAACGAGCUCUGGGGCAUUUGGAUCACCAGGAAGAGACGGAGCCCCCGGCCAACCUGGCUUGCCUGGUCCACCAGGUCCUGAGGGCCUCCCAGGAGCUCCUGGUCCCAAGGGAGAAAAGGGUGAUUCGGGCGAGCUUGGUCUUCCAGGAGCUGUUGGAGAGAAGGGAGCUGCAGGAAUGCCAGGCUUACCGGGCCCACCUGGAGAGUCUGGAUUGGCUGGUCUGCCUGGACCAAUGGGACCGAUUGGACCACCCGGACCUCCUGGCCCUCCUGGACCAAGUUAUCGUGUUGGAUUUGAUGACAUGGAGGGCUCGGGUGGAGCUUUCUCAAACGGACUUCCUGGUGUUAGAGGACCUGAAGGAAGACAGGGUCCUGCUGGUGUGCCUGGAUUGCCUGGUAAAGCUGGGUUGCCCGGCCUCCCAGGUCAGAAGGGCAGUGAGGGUCCUCAGGGAAGAGACGGGCGGCCGGGGUUGGACGGCUUCCCUGGGCCUCAGGGACCAAGGGGCGAGCAAGGUGACAAAGGAGAGAGGGGUGAGCCAGGCCGAGAUGGAACUGGACUCACGGGACCACCAGGCCCACCUGGACCCCCAGGACAGAUCAUCUAUCAACCAUCUGGCAGUUACGAUGGUGUUGUAGGAAAUGUUGGACCUCAGGGAGGACCUGGAUUGCCUGGUCAAGCUGGAUUCCCUGGCCCUAUUGGACCAAAGGGUGACAGAGGCGACCCAGGCCCACCAGGGUAUGGACUGAAGGGGGAGAAGGGAGAGCCAGGCUUAAUCAUCGGACCUGAUGGAAAUCCUUUGCAUAUGGGAGGUCUUGUGGGUCAGAAGGGAGACAGAGGACCUGCUGGACCGGUUGGACCUCCUGGCCAGUAUGGGCCUCCUGGCUUGAAGGGUGAAAUUGGAAUGCCCGGAAGACCUGGUCGUCCUGGUGUAAAUGGAUACAAGGGCGAGAGAGGAGAGCCAGGUACCGGUGCUGGCUACGGUUAUCCUGGACCUCCUGGCCCACCUGGACCACCCGGACCCCCUGGACCAGCCAUUCCUCUGGAUCGCUUCAACCGCUAUGAUGACACCUCAAGGAAUUACCCAGCGACUAAAGGGGAAAAAGGUGACCGUGGUGAGCCUGGACUUCCAGGAAUACCCGGAACAGGCUACGGCUUUGAUAUUUAUGCAUUCAAGAAUGAACUGAAGGGAGAGCGUGGAGAUCCAGGAUUGAAGGGAGAGAAGGGAGAGCCAGGCGGUGGAUAUUAUGAUCCUCGUUUUGGAGGAGUACAAGGCCCACCAGGGCCUCCUGGCAGCCCAGGUCUUAUGGGUCCAAAGGGUGACUCCAUUCAAGGCCCCCCUGGACCUCAGGGACCACCAGGGGCUCCAGGAAUUGGUUAUGAUGGGCGUGCAGGGCCACCGGGGCCACCUGGACCUCCUGGACCCCCCGGGUCUCCCUCCCUACCUGGAGCAUACAGACCCAAUCACCCCGUCAGUGUCCCUGGACCUCCAGGUCCGCCUGGCCCCCCUGGAACACCUGGUCACUCCUCUGGGGUUACCGUUCUGAGGUCGUAUGAGACUAUGAUUGCUACUGCCAGACGGCAAACCGAGGGCAGCCUUAUCUACAUCAUCGACAAAGCAGACCUCUAUCUGAGAGUCCGUGAUGGACUCCGACAAGUCAUGCUUGGAGAAUACAGUCCCUUCUACAGAGAGCUGGACAACGAGGUGGCGGAGGUUCAGCCUCCUCCUGUUAUUCUUUACCCUCAGUCCCAGGACCAGUCCCACAACAACGGAGCUGGCCACUACUCCCAAAGUAAUCCUGCCACACGACCCAUUGAGCCUCCACCACAGCGACCCAUAGAGCCCCCGAGAAGGGAGCCAUCCAAUCCAGACCCAAGAUACCCUCCACGUUACGACCCCAGAUUCCCAGUCCCAAGGUAUUCUGGUCACACAGAUGGAAGGCUAAACCCUGCACAGCCUGAGAACAGAUACCCUGUCACUCCCCAACGGCGACCCAACCCACCCGUGCCUCAGCCUGCUGGGCAUGUGCACACAUCAGGACCUGGACUGCAUCUCAUCGCCCUGAACGCACCUCAAACGGGUAACAUGCGAGGAAUUCGAGGGGCGGACUUCCUGUGCUUCCAGCAGGCCCGGGCUGUGGGCCUGAAGGGAACCUUCAGAGCUUUCCUGUCCUCCAAGCUUCAAGACCUCUACAGCAUAGUCCGCAAGUCGGACAGGGACAACCUCCCCAUCGUGAACCUCAAGGACCAAGUGUUGUUCAGCAGUUGGGAGUCUGUCUUCAGUGACAACGGGGGCAAAAUGAGAGACAACACACCAAUCUAUUCCUUUGAUGGAAGAGAUAUCCUCAGGGACAGCGCAUGGCCAGAGAAAAUUGUUUGGCACGGUUCAAGCAUCAAGGGCCACCGGCAGACAGACAACUACUGCGAGACAUGGCGGGCGGGUGACCGCGCUGUAACCGGCCUGGCAUCAUCACUGCAGACUGGCCAGCUCUUACAGCAAACCUCCAGUAGCUGCUCCAGCUCCUAUAUAGUCCUGUGCAUCGAGAACAGCUACAUCACACACUCCAAAAAAUAAAUCCCGUCCAUUUUAUUGUUGUCGUGUUUUUUUUUGUGUGUUUGUUUUUCUUAGGGGAGGGAGGGGGGUUGGUCCUUGUGAAACACAAUUGUCCAAGGCAGACAUGUGUUUUUAUUCCCUGAUAAUACGCCCUGUCGAAGCAUGGCGUCCAAUGAACUGGCCCUGUGGCUCUUUGCCUGACAGAGACGCUGUGCAUUGUCUGCUCCUCCCUUCUGUAAAUGCCAAAGAGACGGGUCGAACAGAAGGGUGUUAGUCCCUUGUCUUGGGGGCACUGGCACAUAUUUUCUCCAAGGGUUGGAAAACGAGGGGAGAAGCUAAAUGCAUUUUCAAAUUGUAUCCAUUUUUUAAAAAAAUUCUGUAUAUUAUAUUUUUGUUUGUGUUAUUUUUUUGUUUUUCUUUGAUGUUAUCAAUGUUAUUACUUCUUGAACUGUUUUCAGAAUUGUUAUAUCUGUUUUUUUUUUUUUUUUUUUUUUUUUUUUUUUUUUUUUUUAAUUUUAGGUAUUGAUGAUUAAUGUGUAAUGUUCCACAUUUGUUUCAGUUUCAUAUAAAAAUUGUGGGUUACUAUGGGGUACAACAAACUUUAAAGACUAUUUUAAAUUUAAAGAAAAUAAUAGAUAUUUAUUUUUAAAUGAAGUUAUGUAAGGACAUAGGAUUUGAUUUGGAAAACGUAAAAAUGACAAAAUGCCCUCCUCUACAGUAUAUAGUAUGCAGCACGUAAUGUUAUAGACCUUUCAAAAGAGAUUAUGAUCGGAAACUGUGCCUGAUUCCACUUCCUGGAAGGAUUGUUUUACAAACUAAGUGAAUAUAACUCUGUAAUAAUGAACCAUUGUACUGUAUGUAUUAUUCUACAAAUAUAUAAAUGUGACAAGGGCUAUAUUUUCCCUCAAGUGCUUUAAGGCACGGUGCAUGCCUUCAUACGUUUUUAAUUCACACCAAGUUUAAAUGGGCUUUUUGGACACGUCGUCUGCUUCACCAAACAAUCCCACAUCCCAGAGGCAGGUACAAGACUGCUUGUGGCUGAAAUUGAUGCUUGUGGGUAUGAUUGACAUGUGCAUUUUCCCUUUUUCAAGAAAUGUGAUCAUUUUAUGGAAAAAAAAAAAAAAAAAUCAGUGGGUAAGCUGAAAAUGGUCAGUUUGGUUGUAAUCUCUGGUGGAGUGACUGCCGAUGGCUGUGUUGGGCUGGGGGAAAUCAGAUGUAUGUUAUGGAGACAGUUUUACAGUAGCCUCAUGUUGAAUCUCAGAGACUAACUUGGCUGUAGUGCUACUGAUGUCUUAACUGAACCUGUGGAUAUCUUUUUUUAUAUAACAAAAUGUGCUGUACCAUUUCUGCCAGGCACUGAAUAAAUUUUUUUUCAUCCACAACAUUGAUGAGAUAUAU